AAAAACAAGAGUUGCGCGCCGAAAAAUGUGGCCCGGAAAGCCUCUAUGCCGACUUUGCGAGCGGCCAGCGGCCGACGGCGGCCAUCAGGCGGCCGAAAUGGACAAGGAGAAGUUUUCCGAGUGGUGUUUGGUCUAUUUGGGCCACACGCUGGCCGACGAGUUGAAAGACGACGAUCUCAUCUGCUGCUUUUGUGUUUGGGACGCCAGGUUUCUAGACGAGCACGAGAGAGGAGAAAUGAGAGAUUUAUGUUGGUGGCCCAAAGAAUCAAUGACUUGCAGUAGGAAACAAACACUGUUUGAAAAUUACGAAGUAAAGCAGUGCUGGGUGCCUUUGAAAAAACUUGUGGAAGCUAAAGCAGUUGAGGAGACAACAUCUGAAGUAAUUGCUAAUGGACGUGGUGUAAAGAAUGGAAAACUGAGUUUAAUAUGCAUUUAUUGUAACAAAAACAAAAGCUUAUCUAAUGUUAAAGGGAAUCAGAUUUUGGUCAAACACAUUAAGAGCGAACAUAGAAAUAUUGCAAUCAGAUGCAAUUUUUUCAGCCAAUGCCCCAAUUACUUUCUUAAUACGGAUGAUAGAGAUGAGCACAUUAAGAAAGUUCAUUUUAAACGAAAAGAAGUAAAAGUUAAAGUCUGUAUUUACUGCUCGCAGGAAUUUAUAUCGCGAAAGAAUUUUACAAGCCACAUAAGUAGAAUACACGCAAAAACUUUUAUUAAAUGUAAAGUUUUUUCCUGUGGUGAAUAUUUCAAGACUCAAUCAGAUUUGGACUUUCAUAAUUUGGGGCACAGAGCUCUAGAGGAUAAGAAAAAAUUUGCAUGCGAAAUGUGUAGCUACAGAGGUUUGAGCAAAGGACAUUUAUUUAAACACAUACAAAGUCAACAUUUAAAGUCAAAAAAUCCUAUUAAGUGUCAGUUAUGUGAAAAAGUAUUUGAAAAUGAAUUCAAACUACAACGUCAUCUCUCCUAUGAUCACAAGUUCAAAUAUUGCUCAUCUUGUGGAUCAAAAUUUACUGUGGCUAGGUUUGAAAGACAUUUUUCCAAAAAUACAGUAUGCAACCAAUGCGGGCACUCAUUUAAAUGUUGCGUUUUGCUUCGUAAGCAUAAAAUUGAAUGUAACCCUUACGAAUGUGAUUUUUGCUUAAAAUUGUUCUCCAAAAAGAGCUUUUUAAAAUAUCACGUAAACAGGCACCAUGUCAGUAAAAUUUCGAAAAACGUGGAUGAAUUUCAGGGUCGCUUUGAGUGCAAAGUUUGCAAUAAAUAUAUCGCCAAUAAAAAGAAUUUAAAACUGCAUUGUGCUAGAUUGCAUUCAAAUUCAAGGCGCAUAUUCGAAUGCAGCCAUUGCACCAUGAAAUAUUUUGGAAAGAGGAGCAUGGCUCGGCACUUGGCAAAUGUGCACAACCUUAUUGAGAAAAAGUAUCAUUGCAAAGAUUGUGACAGACAGUUUUGUAGCCGAUUUGAAUUAAAAGAUCACGUUACAAGAACGCAUUCUAAAAAAAUAAUUCAAUGUCCGAUUUGCAAAAUUCAUAUUCUAUCUCACAUUUUGCGCAUGCACAUGAUUUAUAAACAUGGUAUAAGGUAAGACUAGAAAGAUUAGAGGGUUUAGAAAAAAAAAUUAAGGGACAUCAGAAAUCAGAAGUAAUUGUAAGGUAAAGAUCGUAAAAAUUAAAUUAAAUUGUUGCGAUAUAAAUUGAAAUAGAAUACCUUUAUUAUAAAAAGAACUGUC